AUGCGCCGAGUCCUCCGGCUACUCCUCGGCUGCUUCCUCACCGAGCUGUGCGCCCGCGUAUGCCGGGCGCAGGAGAGAGCUGGGCACGGGCAGCUGGCGCAACUGGGCGGCGUGUUGCUGCUCACAGGGGGUAACCGCUCCGGGGCCGCCUCCGGAGAGGCCGGCGAGGGCGUCGGGGGCUCGGACGCACCGCCGACUCGGGCGCCCACGCCGGACUCCUGUCGGGGCUACUUCGAUGUCAUGGGCCAGUGGGACCCGCCGUUCAACUGCAGCUCGGGCGACUUCAUCUUCUGCUGCGGGACUUGUGGCUUCCGGUUCUGCUGCACGUUUAAGAAGCGGCGAUUGAACCAGAGCACCUGUACCAACUACGACACACCGCUCUGGCUCAACACCGGCAAGCCCCCAGCGCGUAAGGAUGACCCCCUGCACGACCCCACCAAGGACAAGACUAAUCUGAUCGUCUACAUCAUCUGCGGGGUGGUGGCUGUCAUGGUGCUGGUGGGCAUCUUCACCAAGCUGGGGCUGGAGAAAGCGCACCGGCCCCAAAGGGAACACAUGUCCAGAGCCCUUGCGGAUGUCAUGAGGCCACAGGGCCACUGCAACACUGACCACAUGGAGAGAGACCUUAACAUUGUCGUCCACGUGCAGCAUUAUGAGAACAUGGACACAAGAACCCCCAUAAAUAACCUCCAUACCACCCAGAUGAACAAUGCAGUGCCCACUUCUCCUCUGCUCCAGCAGAUGGGACACCCACAUUCAUACCCCAACCUGGGCCAGAUUUCUAAUCCAUAUGAACAGCAGCCUCCAGGCAAAGAGCUCAACAAGUAUGCUUCCUUAAAGGCAGUCGGAAAUUCUGAUGGUGACUGGGCAGUGGCGACGCUUAAGUCACCAAAAGCUGACAAGGUCAAUGAUGACUUCUACACCAAGCGAAGGCACCUGGCGGAGCUGGCUGCCAAGGGAAAUCUCCCUUUGCACCCUGUCAGAGUGGAAGAUGAGCCCCGGGCCUUCAGCCCAGAGCAUGGGCCUGCCCAGCAGAAUGGACAGAAGUCUCGAACCAACAAGAUGCCCCCUCAUCCCCUGGCCUACAACUCUACUGCCAACUUUAAGACCUGGGACCCCAGUGACCAAUCUCUCCGGCGACAGGCUUAUGGCAACAAGGGCAAGCUUGGCAUAGCUGAGUCAGGCUCUUGCGACCCCUUGGGGACUCGCACCCAGCAUUUCCCACCCACACAGCCAUACUUCAUCACCAACAGCAAAACAGAAGUGACUGUCUGAGCUUUCACUUCAGGGAGUACCCUGGAGACCAUACUCAACUGAGAGAGGCAAAAAAUACCAUCCCACCUAUACCUCCCUGGUCUUGCCCAAACCCCCAGCAGACACACACACUCCGUUCUACAGGAACCAACCACAGACCUACUCGUGAUAUGGAAUCAUGCUUUUCCUGGGUCAUGCCUAAUAUGCUCCAGCAGGCAGCUGAGCAAGACCGAAGCAUGGACAUUCAGCAAUACAGGAGAGGGGAAACUUUAAGCUUCAGGCCCAAAUUGUGGGGGCUCAUUUUCCUUUUCCCCCUAAACUGGAAACUGAAAUCCAUUAUAACAAAUAUAUAUAAGUAGCACAAUUUAGACAAACUGCCCCUGGAGCACACUCCCCAUGUUCUCUCUUUCCCGGUAAAAGGAAGAGGGUGGGCACACAGGCAGGGGUAGCUUCAGAGUGCUUGGGGAAGAAUUUGUUCCCAUCACAAGCAUUUCCUAGUCCCAAGAAGUGAUGCAAACACAGAAUAGUGAUGCGUGUGAGGCAGUAAUGGACCCUAAGCAUUACACCGAUGGGACUUUGCAUACCAUGGAAGCUGAAAGCAAAAAAACUCACAAAGUAAAUAUUCUCUAACCCCACUGUCAGCG